AUGGCCCUCAGCUGGAGAUCAACCCGCCAUGUCUCCAAGCUUGCUCAGGCAGCCCGCCCUGUCCUUUCGGCACGUCACUAUGCGACCGCCGAGCCCGACCUGAAGACCACCCUGAAGGAGGUUAUCCCGGCCAAGCGGGAACUCCUCCAGAAGGUCAAGGCUCAGUCUGAGGAUGUUAUUGGUGAGGUCAAGGUCGGAAAUGUCAUUGGUGGUAUGCGUGGCCUCAAGGCCAUGCUCUGGGAAGGCUCCGUGCUGGACGCCGAUGAGGGGAUUCGCUUCCACGGCAAGACAAUCAAGGAUUGCCAGAAGGAGCUGCCCAAGGGAACCACUGGAACUGAAAUGCUUCCCGAGGCCAUGUUCUGGUUGCUGUUGACGGGCCAGGUGCCCUCCACAGGCCAGGUCCGUGCCUUUUCGCGUGAGCUGGCCGAGAAGUCCGAUCUUCCCCCUCACAUUCUCGACUUGAUCAAGUCUUUCCCCGCUUCGAUGCACCCCAUGACCCAGCUGUCAAUUGCUGUCGCCGCUCUGAACACCGAAUCCAAGUUCGCCCAAGCCUACGAGAAGGGCAUCAACAAGGCCGAGUACUGGGAGCCCACAUUCGAUGACAGCAUCUCCCUGCUUGCCAAAAUCCCUCGUGUGGCUGCACUCGUUUUCCGCCCCAACGAAAUUGACACCGUUGGCACUCAGAAGCUCAAUGCCGCUCAGGAUUGGUCGCACAACUUCGCAGAGCUGCUGGGCAAGGGUGGCGCAGAACACAGUGACUUCCACGACCUGCUCCGUCUUUACUUGGCUUUGCACGGAGACCACGAAGGUGGUAACGUCUCAGCCCACGCCACCCACCUGGUUGGAAGUGCUCUGAGCGAUCCUUUCCUGAGCUACAGCGCUGGUCUUCUCGGCCUGGCUGGCCCACUCCACGGUCUGGCAGCCCAGGAGGUCCUCCGCUGGAUUAUCGCCAUGCAGGACAAGAUUGGAACUAAGUUCACUGAUGAUGAUGUUCGUACCUACCUCUGGGACACCCUCAAGUCCGGUCGUGUGGUCCCUGGCUAUGGUCACGGUGUUCUGCGCAAGCCCGAUCCUCGUUUCGAGGCUCUGAUGGACUUUGCUGCCACCCGUCCCGAUGUUCAGGCCAACCCUGUCUUCCAACUCGUCAAGAAGAACUCGGAGAUCGCUCCCGGAGUGCUUACUGAGCACGGAAAGACCAAGAACCCCCACCCUAAUGUGGAUGCUGCCAGCGGUGUCCUCUUCCACCACUACGGAUUCCACCAGCCCUUGUACUACACCGUUACCUUCGGUGUCAGCCGUGCUCUUGGACCUCUUACCCAGCUCAUUUGGGAUCGCGCUCUGGGCAUGCCCAUUGAGCGCCCGAAGAGCAUCAACCUCUUGGGCCUUCUUAAGAAAUAA